CACUAGAAGAACAAAUUUAGGGCUCCCAAGACUAUAUUAAAAAUUUAAGAUCUCAGCCUAAGCAGAAAUAAAUAACCAGAACAGUAGUAAAUAAACGAAUCGAGUAGUUCCGGUUUGCGGCUGUUUAUAUUUUGCACUUGAUUCGUGAAAGAAAACUCGAUUGCUCACUUUAAAUUUAUCUUUAAUGUUCGCAAUCAUUUCGUGUGUGAAAUUACUAAAUUACUCUGCGAACUUCGAAACCACAUAGCUCUGAAACUGACCUGCUAUUUCCUACCGUUCUCUGUGUAUAGCGUCAAUGAGUUGAAUAUUGAAUUGUUUGAUUCAGAAUGUUUCACAUAUUUCAGUAUUCUUGUCUAAAUAAUUCCCGCAUUUAAAAUAUAAUUCCUAUUGGUUUCUGUUUUUUUAUGCAAUCAUAGAUUCAGUUAAUACAUCGAUGAGCAUAAUUCAUGAUGAACUUCAAGAUGUUAAAAAUCAUUGUGAAUCUCAAAUUCCUGGCUCAAAAAUAAUUGCUUGUGUUCGUUCUAUGGUCCGUGUUGAUAUAAAGAGAACUAAAUAUAAACAGUUGACAACAUGUUUACAAUUCCCUGAAUCUUAUCCAGAAUUUCCAUUGCUUGUGGAAUUGAAAAGUAAAACUUUAAGUGAAAAGUUUUUAAGUGGCUUAACUAAAGUUUGUGAAGAAGAAUGCAAGAAAUAUUUAGGGAAACCACAAAUCCUUAAAUUGCUAAAAUUUUUGAAACUCUUUUUGGAUGAAAAUCCCUUGUCAGUGUGCAGUGAUGAAUUAUCAUCCAUUAAACGUGAACUGAGUGAUUGUGACCAGUUAAAGUUGAAACAGAAAACCUCUUCUGUGAAUUUACAUCUUGUAAAAGACCUCUACUUUUUAAAAGUUAAAGCAAUAGUUCCUGAGCAUUAUCCUGAUGAGCAAGUUCAAGUUGAACUAAUUGAGUGUAAUUUUCCGAAAAACUUUGAAAAAUGGUUCAUUGGUCAGUCAGCAGAAAUAGCACGCAAAUGUGUAGAAAAACCUUUGAAACAAAAACCAAAAGAUCCUGUGUUUCAACCAAAACCUUCUUUGUGGCCAACUUUAAAAUUUCUUAGAGAUGAAGUAAAGAGAUUUCCUACUGAAAUAUGCCAAUUAUGUAAAGAAUUUUGCUUUUCUAAAAACCCUUCUGAAUGUGUCUCAAACGAACAUGAUGAAAAACACAUUGAAAAAGUGUAUUGUGGGCAUAUAUUUCAUAAUAUAUGCUUAGAUACAUACAUGAAGACACCACCAUUCCAUGGAGGUAAAAAAUGUCCUAGUUGUAAGCAACGAAUUUACCAUGACAAAUGGAAAAUAACUCCAAAGUUGGCCGAAGAUCGCUGGGCACAUCAGGAAGCAAAAAAGAGAGAACUUGGUGAAGUGGUUGAAUUCUUCGAGUGAAUUCAUAAAUUUUAUGUGGAAAAUUACUGCCUAUGUAAUUUUUUGUAAUCAUUUUGACAUUAUUCAUUGACUAUGCCAUUGGUUUGUUUAGAUAUUGUGGUAUGCCUUAUUUCUGUUGACUAAUUUAGGAUGUGUUGAAACUGCCCUCAUUUUGAAUAUAAAUUGAUCAUGCCAUUUUUUUUACAAUAAAGUGUUACAUUUA